AUGGACAUCGAUCCAAAGAUAGAGUUGCGUGACCUACACUCCUCUCCUAUUACUCCCCGAUAUUUACGUUAUUCUCACACAACUAAUUGCGAUGGGCUCUUGUUUUGUGACAAAUGGUCUGGGGGGAUCAAGAGGACAGCGCUCUGGAAUCCAUGGCUGAGACAGGUUAAAAGGAUAUUCAAGAUCAAGAUAAAGUAUUUCGAUGUUUUCGGCUUAGGGUACGAUAAUAGUGGACCAGAAAAGUUUUACAAGAUCUUGGCCUGUGCUUAUUUUCGCCACUACGAGACAGCGAUCUACGAUUGUGCGUCUCGGGCGUUUAAGUUUAUUGAUGUACCUGACAUGAACUGGCACAAGAUUGCAAAAGCUGAACUAACAACAGUGUCCUUGAAUGGAAAUCUCUAUUGGUUUACUCUUACUGAGUACUUCAUCCGAAGCUUUGAUUUCUCUACGGAGAGUAUCAAGCCGAUUUGCCUCCUCCCGUGUCAGAAGAACCAUCCUGGUGACGAACUUCUCCUCGAGCAAUGCUCUUUCACAAAGAAGAUUGAGAUUUGGGUAACGAAUAAGAUCGAUAAAGAGGAAGUGCGUUUGUAA